AUGCCCUAUGAGUUUGCUGGCGGCCCUUACCGUCCCCUAUGUCCUCUUUCAAAGAUUUCUCGGAGAUGGAAUCUAAAUUCACGAGGGGGCGCGAUCGUCCCCUCCUCCACGUCGGUUCAUUCACUCGGGCAUUCCAUUUCCAUGCUGGCUGUUAUGAGUCCGUCUACUUCGAAAGCGCCCAAUCUCAUCGCAAUUCUCACAGAACGCUGUGCGGUUUGUGGAGAUCAGGUCAAAAGUGAUCGGCUCGGAUGCCCGGCGUGCUUGGGGUGUAUUUUGUUUUUUCGAAGAUCUGUGCUCAAAAAUGCUUCUUAUAAGUGUGGAAGGAAGGGCGCUUGUCCGGUUGUUAGUGAAUUCCGCUCAACUUGUCGUCACUGUCGUUUCAAAAAGUGCUUCGAUGUGGGCAUGAAAGCGUCAGCCGUCAAUACCUGCAUAGCCAACCCAAGUCCACCACCAUACGUAGAUGUACCAAAGGACCUACUGGGGCCAUGUGUCAUCUUACAAACCCGGCAGAUCGAGGAGCACAAGGAGCAAAGUGUGAAGCACGUGAGAAGAGCUUCAGCCUCCGAUGUGAACAAGAUGUUGAUGUGGAGUUUUAAUGAUGCGGUCGAGUGGGCGUCCGAUUAUGAGCCAUUUCAACUAUUGCCCAAUGAGCUUCAGAAAUGUGUAAUUUCCGAGUUCGGAGUCGCGUUUUUCCUGAUCGAUCAAGGGUUUAAGAGUGCUCGGGAGUCGAAGAGGGGCUUCUGGAUGUUUCAAAAUGGCACAUUUCUACAUUUCGAUUAUUUUCACGGUCUGGCCAAUAUUGACGACACUGCAGACCGGGAAAAAACAAAACACCACUGCGAGUUUGUUCAAUAUCUGGAAGUAACGAUCAAGCAACAAUUCCAACUGUUGCAAAUUGACGAAUUCGAGCUAGCCGCCAUCAAAACGUUGCUCCUGCUUUCAUGCUCCUAUCCAAAACCGGAAAUAUUCGCCGAGUUUAAAGGCACCAUGCAGAAGCUCAAGAACAAGUGCUUUGCCGAGCUGAUGUCCUACCUGACUGUGAAGCUUCCGGCGACACACGCCGAACGAUUUGGAAAGCUGAUUUUGGUGAUGGGCGAGAUUCGGGCGGCGGUGAAGGUUCUGUAUAACCAUACAAAAGUCUCCGAUUUGUUUGAUCCAUCUAAAUUUAAUAUGUUUGUUCGGAGCUUUUUAUUGACUUGAAUAUUUUUUUUAUUAUUUCUUUUUGUUGUAUGAUAAUUUUUAAACUGUUGCCAAUGAUGUGAAACACGAUCUCUAUUAAUAAAAAUUUCCACCUUAAAA